UGUCAUGCUGGAAUAAAAAAUUAGCUUCCUUCUGUUUUAACAACAGCUGCUACUGAAAGAUCCAAAAGGCUUUUACAAUCCAUCACGCGAAAUAACAAGGAUAGCAUGGUCGAGCAAAACCUAAACAUCAUUAUUAUCCUAUUUCAAUCCCCCAUGGCUGUGGAAGACUCGCAUGAAAAUUCAUUGCUACCAGACUUAUGCGAAUUUAUGGCGGCCCUGGACUCUGAACACCAGGAUAAAUUAUGCAACUAUUUGAUCGAGCCAUCUAUAUCCACUGAUAAAAAUACAAUGAAUAUCGACAUGACGCAAGAUCAAUACAUAAUUCAGUUCAGACAUAUAUUGAAAAUACUUCAGCAGCUUGUCUCUACACGUCUACUUUCUCGCGUACCUUCUUCAUCUAGUACAUCUGGAUUUAGUCCAAAUUCCGACCCUGUGGUGAUUGAUGCCACAAAGUGCAUAGCUGCCCUGUAUAGAUUGAACGAGGAGAAAAAAUACAUCUCAUAUGUCGAGUUCUAUAACGAUGCAGUCAACGAACAGCUUGAAAUCAAGGAAGAUUUUCCCAAUUUCAAAGACAGAAAGGGAUUCUCUUUCUGUGAUUAUCCUUUCAUGUUGAACCCUGCUGUCAAGGCAGACGUUCUUAAAGUCGAAAGUGUGUUUCAGAUGCGACAUGAACUGCAAGAUGCCUUUUUCAGGGCCUUAUUCCAAGGUGUAAAUAGUCCGUAUUUAGUUUUAGAAAUACGUCGUGAUCACAUCAUCUCUGACACGCUUCUCCAAUUGGAGGAGAAAUCGAUCCAUGAUUUAAAGAAACAAUUAAGAGUCCAAUUUUUAGGCGAGGAAGGUGUUGAUGAAGGAGGUGUUCAAAAGGAGUUCUUUCAAUUGAUCGUAAGAGAAAUUUUCGACUCAAAAUACGGUAUGUUUACAUUCAAUGAGGAAUCGAGGUUAUGUUGGUUUAGUCCUAAUCCUGUGUUGGAUGAUAUCAAUAUCAGGGAAUAUAAAUUGGUGGGCCUUUUACUUGGUUUGGCCGUAUACAACAGUGUCAUUCUAGACCUGCAUUUUCCCUUGGGACUCUACAAGAAACUGAUGGAUGUCGAUAUUGGAUUACCUGACUUGAAACGCUUGGAUCCUAGUUUAGGAAAGGGCUUGGAAAGACUCUUAUUGUUCCAUGGCGACAUAGAAUCUGAAUACGAUCGUUCGUUUCAAGUAGAUAUCCAAUCCUUUGGCCAUGUAUAUACCUGUGAUCUGAAGCCUGAUGGUGCAAAGACUCUAUUAACCAACGAAAACAGUGCAGAAUUCGUAGAGCUGUAUACCCAAUUUGUCUUGAGCAAAUCUGUAGAAAAGCAAUUCAAUGCCUUUCGAGAGGGCUUCCAGAUCGUAUGUCAGGAUAGUGCCAUCAAGAUUUUUAGACCGGAAGAAGUCGAACAACUCAUUUGUGGUAGUUCGGAUCUCGAUUUUGACGCGUUGGAAACAUCUACUGUCUAUGAUGGUGGAUGGACCAAGGACUCGGAUAUCAUCAAGUAUUUUUGGGAAAUAGUUCAUUCCUUUUCAUACGAAGAAAAGAAAAAACUACUCUUUUUUGCCACUGGCUCAGAUAGGGCGCCUAUUGGCGGUCUGAGUAAGCUUCAGUUUGUCAUUGCUAAAAAUGGAGGUGAUUCUGACAGAUUACCAACCUCACAUACAUGCUACAACGUGCUACUUUUAUGCGAGUACAGUAGUAAAGAAAAGCUGAAAGAAAGAUUGCUGACAAGCAUCAGCAAUGCAGAAGGUUUCGGCAUGAUUUAAAAUAGGAUUAUAAUUGAACAAGCGACGCAAAAUUAAAAAUCAUAUAUAAAAAAGGUUUUAUGCUUUUUUUCUUCUUUUUUUUUUUGUUUUGGUAAUUAUACAAAAUGCUCAAGACACAAUUCGCCGUAAGACAAGUCUUCUUUCAAAAGAGAACGUUAUUUGCCUCUGCUGUUCAAUUUAAAAGCACUGCCAUUCCUUGUGAGUGUUUUAUAAUAAAAAUCGCUUUUUCAACCU